AUGGAUUCGAACGACUCGAUUAAUGCCAUUAAAGAACCCAGGGGCUUUAUUCGUAUCCUGCAACUGGUAAUUCGCCGUGACCAAUACUUAUGCCAUAGAUAUUUGUCAUAUGCGCAUUCGCGACAACGUGCAACUUUUCCGGCGAAAUCCAAGCUUCUGCUAAGUUUAUUGUGUAGUCUUUCAAGCGCAGAUAAAAGGGCCCCCAUAUGCGGUCCCACCCGUAGUCUGUACGGUGACUUUUCUGCCAGCGCGCAGUUUUUCGUGUUCGUUGGCGUCAUUUCAUUUCUUUAUUGCAUCGCAUUGUUGUUGUUAUACACUGUGUUGCACAACCAUUACGAUGCGGACGAUCGAAUAAAGAAGGCGGAUUUCCUCUCCAGUUGUUUUGUAGUUUUUAUGUGGCUCCUGGGCUCUAUAGCUUGGGCCAGUGGAGUAGAUCAACUAAAAAGAUACACUUCGGGACCCGCCCUUUAUAAUGAGCUUUGUGGAAAACCGCCAAGUGCAGGUUGCAAGGUGGACCCCUUGCAAACAUACGCAGGACUGAAUAUAUCCUUGAUAUUUGGAUUUGCAAACGUAGCGCUCUGGGCUUCGUCUUUGUGGUUUCUCUGGAAGGAGACGCCUUGGUUCCAGCACAAUAACAAUGACCUUCUUGCGGACUCUGGCCUUCCGGCAGUCGACGGUGCUCCCUUGUAG